AUGCAACGCUCGCGAAUUAACUUUCGCACAGGAGUGCUCGGUUUCAAUUAUCUUCGCCGGAGGGCAUUGUCCGACUCAAGUGCACGGGCCGCUACACCUAUUCUUCGCCGCGAUGCAGCUAAAGUUCAGGGCGAUAUAACGCAAAAGAUCGAACCGCAAAUUAACACCCUUUACAAUGAUGUCCGUGGUUUCCCUACUAGUGGUUUAACCGGAGCAAUGACUAUUCGCAGCGACUUGCAGAGCCUUGCUACCACCGUGAAUGAUGCGACGGCCGAUGUCAAAUCCACCGGCUCCUUGGACACUCCAUCUGGAACUACUAUUCUUGCCGACAUCCAAUCGCUGAUGCCGACGUCCUUGGUUACAUUAACUCACGUUGGAGCCGAAGCACCUGCAUGGGAAGAUAUUCAAGGGGGGCCAGCUCUGAUUCUUAGCGAUCUCCGGUCUCUCAAAACGGCCUUGGACAAUUUCGCCAACGCUCUGAUAUCGAACGAGCCCCUUCUUCUACAAGCCAAGGCUCUCGCGAUCAAGACUCAGAUUGACGGUGGUCUCGACAUUGCAAUCGCCCCCUACUCCGUAUAG